CGUCACAGGCUUACAGAUGAAGAGGAUCAUAUCGCAAGUUGAUGUUUGUGUCAUUUGUUUACUCCACACCUCACCGGUUCAGAGGACAAAGGCUGCCUGAGGUUGGUUGUCAAAGUCCUUCAGUGGUGAUGAACGUGUUGGAGGACGUGGAGUUUCAGACCCCCGUAGGGCCACUGGGGGUCCCAGAAAAGGUCCCGGCGGCUCCAGACGUGGCUCAACUGGACUGCCAAAAGAUACUGCAGGAAACCGAGUAUGGAUUCAAUCUGGAGAGAUGGAUUUUAAGUCGGUAUCAGCCGGCCGCAUCCUGCCCACCGUACUGGCAGAUGUUUAGCAGCCCUCGGGGGAGUCGCAUCCACAGCCCUCAGGGGAGUCGCAUCCACAGCCCUCAGGGGAGUCGCAUCCACAGCCCUCAGGGGAGUCGCAUCCACAGCCCUCAGGGGAGUCGCAUCCACAGCCCUCAGGGGAGUCGCAUCCACAGGAGCAGCGACCUGUGGACCCCCGGACCUCGGCCUCGCAGCCACAGCCUGACUUCUGCAGACACCUGCAAGCUGCACCACCGCACCGUCAAGUUCCUAUUAUCCGACUCAGAUGAAGAGGAUGGUUACUGCGAGGCCAAUGCAAGGUCCUCCGUCAAGGUUGCACCUCACUGUGUCAACUGCAGAGAGCGGCCCCGGAGCGCUGCGCCCAGAGACCCCGUCUCCAGGAUUAAAGACAUGCACUUUGGUCAUCCGACUCACCGCUCCAGGUCCAACUCGACUGAGAGGCUCUCGGGCCACAGACCCACUUCUUGUCUCCCAGAUUGGAGACCGCCGCUGCGCGUUCUGGACCAGCACCGGUCACAGCAGGCCAGUCCGCUCCCCGACCGCCAGAAGAACGGCAAGAAGAGGCAGCGCACGCUGGGCUCGGUGGGCAGGAAGUACUCCCUAAACACGCCCCCUGCUGGUGUUUCUCCAGCAAAGCUGCAGCAGCGGCCCUCCUCUGCAGGGCCCGCUGUCAAAAAUCGCAGGAAAAAGGUCUUGAGGAGCACCGGCUCCAGUGGAGUUUUUCUCGACUCUACAGCAGAGCUCCUGACAGCCCUCACCCGGGAGGAGAGGGAGCUGCUAGAAACCAUCACUGCGAAAGGUUAUUCGCUGCGCACGGCUAUUCUAGCGCUGCAGAAGACAGGCUACCAGAGCCCAGAGAAGGUUCUGAAGUACCUGGUUUCCAGCGACCGCCUCUGUCAGCUGGGUUAUGAUGAAAUACAGGUGGAGGAAGCUUUGGAAAUGUUUCAAAACUGCGAGAGCAAGGCUGCCGAGUUCCUGCACCUGCUGACACAGUUUAACGAGAUGGGUUUCCAGCAGAGCGCAAUCAAAGAAGUCCUGCUUGUUCAUGAAAACCACCGGGAACGGGCCCUUGAGGAGCUCAUGACGCGGAUGGCUUAGAGAAGCCCCCCCCCCCCCCCACGUAAGAGAGAUGGAUUCAACACUAAACAUGUGCUGCCUUCUGACUUGGAUUCACUUGAUG